GAAAUAGUUUUCCGCGAUGAAGGUUGUAUUAUGGAUUUGCUUGAUAUCAAUGUGGCAAUUUCCCUGCUGCCUUGGUGCACAGGAUUGCCUGAAGCUGCACAACUUGACCAGUGCCGAAGUGGAGACAGUGGCUCCAUCCACUCCCGUUUCCGAAGUUCCCCUGGCUGUCAAGUGCUACAGCAGGUGUAUGAUCGACGAGUAUUUCGGUGAGGAUGGCAAAAUCGAUCUGCAGAGGGUGGGAAGUCGGGGAACCGAACGAGAGCACACUUUUCUGGCCCACUGUAAGCAGCAGUUCGAUGGCGUCACCGAUUUAGACAGAUGCGACUAUCCGUAUCUGAUGCUUCAGUGUUUGUUCACGGGCAAAGCGAGCGGAACGAUUGUGUCGUAAUUCCAGCUAUAUAUGUAUACAAAAAAUAUGGUAUAAAAUUAAAUCAACAAUUUGCUAAUGGAA